AUGCAUCAGUCAUUCACGGGGAGCGCUCGCAGGGCACGACAAGUAAACCUCUCCGGUCGACAGACUUUGAACCCCUGGGCUUCAUUAUCAAACUCACAAUCCAGUUCGAACCCUGUUGCCCAGGCGCAGGCGGAACGAUUGAAGAGACAACUUGAAAGAGAGAGACUCCAUGCCGUCAGGCUCUUACAGAAGUUAUGGCGGGGGUAUUCUGCUCGGAGGAAGCAGAAAUCAAUCUGGAAACAAUUGUGGGAUGAGAAUGAGCAAGAGAGAUUAGAGUCGUCGGGCCCGCUCAACUACAGGUCCCUCAUCGAGGCGAAGGAAGAGAUCCCCGUGUUUCAGGACCCGAAUCUACUCCUCCUCCAAAUACGUCUGCUUCUUAGUUCUCAAGAUUUCCGGCGUGGGAGGCUUCGUGACAAGAUGGACACACUCAGACUGCUUUACUUUGGACAGGCACUGCAACGAACUAUCGAAACGCACCCUUCGCGACCUGAUUUUGACAACAUCUGGACACACAAUCUGUCUGCACUGGCGUCAGUCGUUGCUCGACACUUGAAGAGCAUGGUAUCUGGGGAAUCAACCCAUGCAAAAACAUCCUAUGGUCCUCGAUUAUUAAAGAUGCUUAUGUGGCUCGGUGAAAUGGUGCCCGACGCCAUGGCCAGGGAAGCAUCGACAUAUUUCGACGUGAUUGAGAUUGUGCUGCGAACGCAGAAUACGCUUACAUGGCGGGAGUGCGCGACAGAGGCAAUAGUCACGCUACUUAAGUCUCCAUGUCACGGACGACAAUCCGCAUACAUGGCAUUUGCCAGGAUAAUUUUGAGUCAGGACACGUUUGCCAGUGAUAGAGAUAUACUGAAUCACCUUGCAUUGGCCAUUGACUUGGAUGAACUCUCAGCUGCCAUUACGAAGGAAGUGGAGGAUGCAGAGGAGGACACGGAGCAAUCGCUAAACACUACCCGACUAUUGUGGCAGCUGGCCCACCUCAUCUAUAUGCACGAUGCUCUCGCAAAAGGAUAUGGGGGACAAGAUCCAUAUAUCGAAGCAUUGUCGGCACUGUUAGGGCAAUGUGCAAAUGACAUUGCAGAAAGGCUGGAUCCAGCAGACCAGCAGGUGUUUGGUCGCGAAAGCAACAAUUCUGAACCUUUACCAGCAUUCGUGCGGGAGAUGAUUCUAAGAAUACCUCAACAAGAAAAUGUUCGAGCCGUUCUACAUGAAGUGAGCACGCCCAUACCUCCCAGGACAGGCGGCGGAGGGUCGGAGUUCGAAUCCGCAAAGAGACUAGCGAAUUUCGCAGUCUCCUUACUCAGAGCAUUCCCUUCCAGAGCGCAGAAGAUACGAAUGAUUUUGUACCAAGGUUCAGUCUCGUCUGUCGGGGAUGCAGACAUAUCGACCAUCCAGUAUUUCUGGAGGACGGCCCGAGCAACCAGUGUGUUCAAGAAGACUGUUCAAGACCACCGGAAUGUGCUCUCGCUGCUGAGAGAAGCAGCCCCAGCCACGAAUCAGAUCGGUCAAGCUCCGUUGUCUAGGGCGGAGGUUGCUCUUUGGCGAGACGAAUGGCGGAUAAUCCUACUCUUUCUCGAACUUUACACCUUUGUGCUAAAGUUCAUGGACGACGAUGAUUUCUUCGCAUUGGACAAGCGCCGUGUCUUUGGUGCCGGGCCAGAGGCGCCGACGAGUUUGAUGGCAAGACAGGGUGCUCUGCCUCUGGAAGAUGUUGCACUGAUGACCACGUUUCUAAAGAACUUGGUCUUCACCCUAUACUGGCAUGCAGUCGACUUGGUUCAGAGCAACGAACUGGAAGAGGAAGCUAGUCUAUCGGCCUUGUUUGGAAGUCCAAGUCAGUCAUCGAACAAACAAGCGGAAAAGCAACAGCAGAUGUUGACUGGAAAUGGAGUCUCCCAAGAGUAUCUGAAAGGCUUGGUUACCGGCCUCUUGCGAAUGCUGCAUGAAAGAGACUCGAGACGCUCUUUUGUGCCUGCUGACCACUGGCUAAUGACGAAUCAAGUUAACAUGACUGGCUUCAUCUCGUCCGUGGUGGCAGAAGAAGAGAAGCGGCAUGAGCUUGCUGGCCAAGAUGAAACAGAGGAAGAAGACAAUGAUGAAUCCGACAAAGCCGCAGAGAUGGACCUCACCACAGGCCAGGGAGCAUCCGACGCUAUACUGAGCAAUAUGUUCGGGAUCCGCCCUUCGCAUAUGCCUCGGACGAGAGCUUCACGAAUGGUCGACCGCAUGGAACGCCAACGACAGCAAGCGAGAAAGAAAAGACUGCUUGAGUCGCUCGCACCUCGGCUGGAAAUACUUCGCAAUCUGCCGUUCUUUAUUCUGUUCGAAACACGAGUCCAGAUCUUCCGUGAAUUUGUCUACCGCGACCAAGUUCGUCGACGUGACGGCGCUGUCGAUCCUGAUAGUUGGCGAAUGCGUGUAGCAACCAGCACCCAAGGAAGAGAUGUCGACGGCCGUCCUCGCGGACUUGAUAUUAUAAGCCGACAUCAUGCUGAGAUCCACCGCGAUAGUGUCUUUGAAGACGCGUAUGAGGCUUUCUACCCUCUUGGAGAAGCACUCAAGGAACCGAUCCAGAUCACAUUCAUCGACAAAUUUAACAGUCCCGAGGCCGGGAUCGACGGUGGGGGUGUCACGAAGGAGUUCUUGAUGAGCGUGACUAGCGAAGCUCUCGAUCCAGAGGCCAAACUCAGCAUGUUCAAGCAGAAUAGACAGGGCUACCUAUAUCCGAAUCCGUUAGUCUACCAAGAAACUGCGGAAUAUCUAAAGCAUUUAGGCAUGAUGCCCGGUACGGGAGGAUUUGAUCAUCCCAUGGCCGAAUUUCUUCGGCACUUUCAAUUCUUGGGCCGCAUCGUGGGAAAGUGCCUGUACGAGGGAAUCCUUAUCGACGUCAACUUUGCCGGCUUUUUCCUGCUAAAGUGGGCUUUGACUGGCGGUACCACUGUGGGCUCGAACGAGUCUGCCUAUCGAGCCACCAUCAACGACGUCCGGGAGUUUGACGAAGAAUUAUACAACGGACUUCUGAAACUGAAAAAUUACCCGGGGAAUGUGGAGGCCGAUUUCGCACUCGAUUUCACAGUCACAGACACCGUAAGUGUUGGGAAGGAGAAUGGGAAGGAGAUCACCCGUACCAUCACCACAGAAUUGAUUCCGAACGGAGCCAACACGCCGGUAACGAACUCCAAUCGACCCCUGUAUAUUGACCGCAUUGUCAGAUACAGGCUUCAGCAGCAACCAAAGGCCGUUACCGACGCGUUCCUCAAGGGAUUGGGUCAAAUCAUCCAGCCAAUGUGGCUUGCCAUGUUUAACCAAAAAGAGCUACAGAAGCUCGUGGGUGGAGACAACUCUGAACUUGACGUUGACGAUUUGCGCCGAAACACACAGUACGGCGGUGUCUAUACAAUCGGCGACGAUGGCCGAGAGCACCCAACCGUCCAACUGUUCUGGCAAGCCAUGCAGGAGUGUUCAGAUGAAGACAGAAGGAAAGUCCUCAAGUUCGUGACGAGUUCAUCCAGAGCGCCGCUGCUUGGGUUCAGCCAUUUAAACCCCAAGUUUAGCAUCCGUGACUCGAGUGAUGACCAGACUCGUCUGCCGAGCGCCAGCACUUGUGUCAAUCUCCUCAAGCUACCAAGAUACGGAGAGCUGGAGACAGUCAAGGAGAAGCUCUUGUAUGCGGUCAACGCCGGCGCCGGCUUUGAUCUAUCCUAG